UUCCCUCUGCUGUAUAUGCUGAGACUCUUCUCCUUUUGAUUGAUUGAUUGAUUCUGCAAUUGAGUCGUAAUGGUAUCUACACCGAACGGAUUGAUACCGACUCCGCCAUCAGACGGUGAUCAAGAUGUAAUAAAUUCACACCUAUCAUCGUCGGUGAGAUUCGGCUCGCCGGAGGCGUUGGAUCAUGUCCGAAAGCUGACGGAUGUCGGAGCUAUGACGCGUCUUCUCCACGAAUGCAUAGCAUAUCAACGCGCUCUCGAUCUGGAACUCGAAACAAUCCUCACGCAGAGAACAGAUCUCGACAGACAACUGUCUAACUUGCAGAAAUCCUCCGAAGUUCUGGAGAUCGUCAAGGCGGACGCCGACUAUAUGCUCUCCAAUGUUCGGUCUACCUGCGAUCUCGCUGAUCAGGUCAGUGGCAAGGUUCGCGAGCUUGAUCUCGCUCAAUCUCGCGUUCAUGACACAUUGCUUCGUAUUGAUGCGACUGUUGAGAGGGGGAAUUGCAUUGACGGUGUCAAAAGAGCUCUCGAUUCUGAAGAUUUCGAGGCAGCUGCCAAGUAUGUACAGACGUUUCUCCAAAUUGAUGCCAGGUACAAUGACUCAGCUUCCGAUCAGAGAGAGCAACUAUUGGCGUCUAAGAAGCAACUAGAAGGAAUUGUUCGUAAGAAGUUGUCUGCGGCUGUCGACCAGCGGGAUCAUCCUACUGUUCUUCGGUUUACAAGACUUUAUUCGCCUCUCGGUCUGGAAGAAGAAGGUCUACAGGUGUAUGUGAACUACUUGAAGAAAGUUAUUGCAAUGAGGUCGAGGCUGGAGUUUGAGCAAAUGGUCGAAUUAAUGGAGCAAUCUUCUUCCGCCAAUCACAAUCAGGUAAAUUUCGUUGGUUGCUUAACGAAUUUGUUCAAGGAUAUUGUGUUGGCUGUUGAAGAAAAUGACGAGGUUUUGAGAAGUUUGUGUGGUGAAGAUGGACUUGUGUAUGCUAUAUGCGAGCUUCAAGAAGAGUGCGAUUCUCGUGGCUCUUUAAUCCUGAAGAAGUACAUGGAAUACAGGAAAUUGGCUAAGUUAACUUCUGAGAUAAACUCCUACAAGAAUAGUUUGCUCUCUGUCGAAGUAGAAGGACCAGAUCCCAGGGAAAUUGAGCAAUAUUUGGAGGAAAUGCUGUCUCUUACACAACUAGGGGAAGAUUACACUGAAUACAUGAUCUCUAAGAUCAGGGGACUGAGUUCUGUUGAUCCAGAGUUGGGUCCAAGGGCCACUAAAGCUUUUAGGAGUGGAAACUUUAGUAAAGUUGCCCAGGAUAUUACUGGAUAUUAUGUAAUUUUGGAGGGAUUUUUCAUGGUGGAAAAUGUAAGGAAGGCCAUCAAGAUUGAUGAGUACGUAUCUGAUAGCCUCACUUCUUCCAUGGUAGAUGAUGUGUUCUAUGUAUUGCAAAGCUGCUGUAGGAGGUCAAUUUCCACAUCAAACAUGAACUCGGUGAUUGCAGUCUUGAGUAGUGCAGUGAGUCUGUUAGGAAAUGAGUACAGUGAAGCAUUGCAGGAAAAGGUAAGGGAGCUAAACCUUGGAGCAAAGCUAUUUUUGGGUGGUGUUGGUGUGCAGAAGACAGGGACUGAGAUAUCUGCCGCCUUGAACAACAUUGAUGUGAGCAGUGAGUAUGCCUUGAAACUAAAGCAGGAGAUUGAGGAGCAAUGUGCAGAGGUGUUCCCUGCACCUGGGGAUAGAGAAAGGGUGAAAUCUUGUUUGUCUGAAUUGGGGGAGAUGAACAACAGUUUUAAGAAGGCCCUAAAUGCGGGAGUGGAGCAGCUUGUAGCUAGUGUUACCCCACGGGUUCGCCCUCUUCUGGAUAACGUGGCAACCAUAAGCUACGAGCUAUCGGAGGCUGAAUAUGCUGACAAUGAGGUGAAUGACCCUUGGGUCCAGAGGCUUCUCCAUGCAGUUGAGACCAAUGUGGCAUGGCUCCAGCCAUCAAUGACCAUAAACAAUUACGACAGUUUGAUACAUCUGGUGCUUGAUUUCAUUGUUAAGAGACUGGAAGUGAUUAUGAUGCAGAAGAGGUUCAGUCAGCUUGGGGGCCUUCAGCUGGACAGGGAUAUAAGAGCCCUUGUAAGCUUUUUCUCUAGCAUGACACAGAGGACUGUUAGAGACAAGUUUGCCCGUCUGACCCAGAUGGCUACCAUCUUGAACUUGGAAAAGGUUUCCGAGAUUCUUGAUUUCUGGGGAGAGAAUUCUGGACCCAUGACGUGGCGGUUAACUCCGGCUGAUGUAAGGCGAGUGUUGGGUCUAAGGAUUGACUUUAAACCUGAGGCAAUUGCCGCUCUUAAAUUGUAACGGUUUUUCUAUUAUAUUGAUCUUCAACACCAUUCUUCUCUUGAUCUUAUGGUAUUGUCAUUGAAGAUGCAGGAUGACUCCUACUUAUAUUGAAUUAUUAGUGGUUAUUUUUAUAAUCAAAUAAAUCUUCAU